AUGGACGACCAGGUCGAAAGGCGUCUGAUCCACCGCUUCGGUGACUUGUUGCAGGCGGAGGUGCAAGGUCUGAAGGGUUGCUUCACUUCCGAGAUCGCGCGGUUAGAGGGCAAGUUGGAUACGGUCCUGUUGCUGCAAAAGGACCUGCUGCACCAUGAACAAGUCGAGAACAAGAAUAAACGAACAGACCAGGUUGCGCCGGGCCAAAGCGUGGAACAAACUGCCGAGCACAAUCAAGUGCGCGUCGACAGCACUGUUGAAAAUGAAAAGUCAUCGGAUAUUGAAAAAUGUGCCGGCGGCCGUGAUGAACAAGAGCAACUACAGAGUGCUGCAGGUACUGGUCGCGGUCCCGUUACAACGGUCGUAGACAUUCUAUCUACCCAUCCGCAAUCCCAGGUCAAAGACACUGCUGACGACAUUGCCGAGGAAAAACUCCAAAAU